UAUCGAUCCUGCCUGGCGCUCUUAAACCGGAGCAUUUACGCGCGGCAGUCAGUCGUUAACAGGCAGCCUGAUAUCGGCGCUUCUCCGUCCACUCGCUGCCAAAUCUCCACCUUAGGGAGCAGAGAUAGAGGGGCGAGACGGCAUAAAAUGGGAGAGGAGUAGAGAAAGGAGACCAGAGUGAAGAGAAAGAGAAGAAUGGUGAAUGGGGGGAGGAGAGCGGAUCAUUCCGGCUGGCCGCCUCUGCUGCUCUAGUGGUGGGUAGGGAGCGAGGAGAUGGCACAACGCUUCAGCAUCCAAAACACACCGGAGUGGUGCGCCACCAAGACAGGAGCCCCAGACCCACCCGACGCAGCUUCACACUCACCGCUCUCCCUUCACCCCGUCUUCCCACGCGGCAGCGCCUCCACCCCGGCCAGAGACAUUAAUCAUCAGUUGCUUCACCUCUGUGUGUGAAUCCAGAGGAGACAAUCUAGACUGCCUGCUCUCACUAACGACACCUGUCCCCCCUCUACCUGCCAUGGUGACAUGACGCACCCCUGAGCGGCUUUGGUCCUGAUCUCACACACACACACACACACACACACACACACAUACACAUACAUACACAUACACACACACACAUACACAAGAAGACACAUCUCCUUCCCCCUCAGUACAUAACACGCCGUCCAUUCACGAUGACAGUGGCCGUGCGAAUCCGUCGCCACCUGCGCCGGCUGCUGCUCCUGCUGGCCUCUUGCUGUCUCCUCUCCCUUCUCCUCUCUGCGUACUUCCUCUUCACUAACUCAUCCCCUUCCAUGCAGCUUGGACAAUCCCCUGAGCCUGCCUGCUCCCAAGCCCUCCCCUUGUCCCCGUACCGCCAGCUCCCGUAUCCCCAUCCCCCGAACCCCCCUCACACGCACGUCCACACCGACCCGGUGGUGCUGGUGCUUGUGGAGUCCCAAUACUCCCAGCUGGGCCAGGACAUUGUGGCCAUCCUAGAGUCAGCACGCCUCCAGUUCCGCAUGGAGAUCGCCCCGGGGAAGGGUGACCUCCCGCCGCUGACUGACAAAGGCCGUGGACGAUACUCGCUCAUCAUCUAUGAGAAUCUGCUGAAGUAUGCCCAGGCAGACACGUGGAACAGACAGCUGCUGCACCAGUACUGUAGCGAGUACCGAGUGGGCAUCAUCGGCUUCUACCGCUCCAACGAGAACUCCCCGGCCCUCCUCAAACUCAGAGGCCUACCACUGGUGCUCAGGACCAACCAGGCACUCCGGGACUGCUGUGUGGCGUCCACCUCUCCCCUCCUCCACCUGACCAAGCCGGGCAUGGACAGAGGGGCCUUGCCCGGUGAGGACUGGACAUCUUUCUCAUCCAACCACUCCACUUUUCAGGCUGUGUUGCAGGCACGAGCCAGGGAGGGGGCACCGGGGGCAGGCAGUGGAGACAAUCCGGCCUCUGGGUUUAGUCCUGGCCUUCAAGCCACAGUGGUGCAGGACAUGGGACUCUAUGACGGGGUGAGGCGGGUGCUGUUUGGCCAGGGACUGGGCUACUGGCUCCACAGACUCAUCCUGGUGGACGCCAUCUCCUACCUCACAGACAGGAAGCUGUCCCUGGGUCUGGACCGGUACAUCAUGGUGGAUAUAGAUGACAUUUUCGUGGGGAAGGAAGGAACACGCAUGAAUGCCAAGGAUGUUAAGGCUCUCCUAGACACUCAGAAACAGCUGCGCUCUCAAAUCUCCAACUUUACCUUCAACUUGGGCUUCUCUGGGAAGUUUUACCAUACAGGCACAGUGGAGGAGGAUGAGGGAGACGAUUUACUGUUGAAGUAUGUGGAUGAGUUCUGGUGGUUUCCCCACAUGUGGAGCCACAUGCAGCCCCACCUCUUCCACAAUGAGUCCUCACUGCUGGAGCAGAUGGUCCUCAACAAGGAGUUCGCUCUGCAACAUGGUAUCCCCGUGGACAUGGGCUACGCGGUGGCCCCUCACCACUCAGGGGUCUACCCGGUGCACCUGCAGCUGUACGAGGCCUGGAGACGCGUCUGGAACAUCCGGGUCACCAGCACGGAAGAAUAUCCACACCUCAAGCCUGCCCGCUACCGCAAGGGCUUCAUCCACAGCAACAUCAUGGUGCUGCCUCGCCAGACUUGUGGCCUGUUCACACACACAAUCUACUAUAAGGAAUACCCUGGAGGACCCAAAGAGCUGGACAAAAGCAUCCGAGGGGGCGAGCUGUUCCUCACUGUGCUGCUCAACCCGAUCAGUAUAUUUAUGACCCACCUCUCUAAUUAUGGUAAUGAUCGACUGGGCCUGUAUACUUUCGUCCAUCUGGCCUCCUUCCUGCGCUCGUGGACAAACCUGAACCUCAGCACGCUCCCGCCGCUCCAGCUUGCCCACAAAUACUUCCAGCUUUUCCCCGAGCAGAGGCACCCACUCUGGCAGAAUCCGUGUGAUGACAAGCGGCAUAAAGACAUUUGGUCUAAAGAGAAAACCUGUGACAGACUGCCCAAAUUCAUGGUCAUAGGACCGCAGAAAACAGGGACGACAGCACUUUAUCUCUUCCUGCUCAUGCAUCCCUCCAUCUCCAGUAACUUUCCCAGCCCCAAGACAUAUGAGGAGGUCCAGUUCUUCAACACCAACAACUACCACAAAGGAAUCGAUUGGUACAUGGAGUUUUUCCCAGUGCCCUCUAACGUGACCACAGACUUCCUGUUUGAGAAGAGCGCUAACUACUUCCCCUCAGAGGAAUCCCCCCGGAGAGCUGCUGCUCUGCUGCCUAAAGCCAAGAUCAUCACCCUGCUCAUCAACCCUUCUGACAGGGCCUACAGCUGGUACCAGCAUCAGAGAGCCCAUGAGGACCACGCAGCCCUGCGGUUCACCUUCUAUGAUGUCAUCAGUGCGAGACGGGGAGCACCAGCUGAGCUGCGCUCUCUGCAAAACCGCUGCCUCACACCCGGUCUCUACUCCACACACAUAGAGAGAUGGCUCACAUAUUACCCUGCUAACCAGCUGCUGAUCAUAGAUGGCCAGCAGCUAAGAAGUGACCCUGCUGCAGUGAUGGAUGAAGUCCAGAAGUUUCUGGGAGUCACUCCUCAUUUCAACUACUCCCAAGCCCUUACGUUUGACCCUCAGAAGGGUUUCUGGUGCCAGCUGCUUGAGGGAGGAAAGACAAAGUGUUUGGGGAAGAGCAAAGGAAGAAAGUAUCCUCCUAUGGACCCUGAGGCACGGGCGUAUCUCUCCAGGUACUACAGGGAACACAACAUAGAGUUAUCGAAGCUGCUGCAUCGCCUGGGCCAGCCCCUCCCCUCCUGGCUAAGAGAGGAGCUGCAGAAGGUCAGAUAACCUUUGAACCCAGGAGCCAGGGUUAAAGAUCAAGGGUCAGUCACCAGGAAGCGACCAGGAGCAGCUGACCUUCAGAUGCACUCUCUGUAGCCCUGCAAUGAGCCCUGAGGUGAAGGCAAGGACAGGGGCGCCUUGUUUCACCUAGGACCUAUGACCCUGCUGAAUCUUUGACAGGGAGCAGAAGAGAUAAAAGCACUGAGAGGCCCUGAGACUGUAUUGUUUAGGGGAUGGAUGGAUGGAUUGACGGAAGCAUGGAUGGAUGGAUGGAUGGAUGGAUGGAAGGAGAAAGGACAGUUUCAGAUGACUCAAGUGGCUCUAAAAGGGAGAACUACGUAAUAAUGAUGGACAAGACUGAGGGACACGAGGAGCAUUUGGCAAGUCUUUGCUUCCCAAACCCUACUCAGAACUGUGCUGAACUCUUUGUGCAGUGACUCUGCGAUGGUUAUUAUUUUCUGUUUUGUUUUUACCUUUUAUUUAUGAUGCCAGAACAGCGCUGGUCAGCUGUGCUUGGUUCCCGUAGAGAUGACUUUGCACUAAGUUCUGUUCCAUGUGUUCCCAAAUCAUAAAAACACUCUGUAUAGGUUUAAUUUUCUUGUUUGGUUCGCCUGUCAUCGAGAAAGAGCACAAGCUGUUAUUUUCUAUGAUAGGUUUUCAUUAUUUUUGUUAGUUUUUUUUAAGUGGAACUAGAGUGUCAUCCUUUUCUCCGUGUUCUGGCAGCCUUGUUCGCCCCCCAGUAACAUCACAUGAAGAUUUUAUUGUGGAAAGUAUAGACUGGAAAGGAGUCACCUUACUGGAGCAAGAUUCAUUGCCUGCUCAUUAGUUCCCUGUGACAAGACACGCAGAGAAAUACUAUGUCCAUCUGGCAUAGCAUGAUCCUACUGAUAAGUGCAGCCCUAACAACGAAGAAGACAUGAGCUUGUGGAGAGAAAGCUCAGAGAAAAGUCAAACCAGCCAAAAUGAGCCCCCUGGAUGUGACACCCAACUCCCAGACUCUCAAUGCCUAAGUAGCUACUGUCACAGCCAGUUUUUGUUUUGGCAAUGUCUCAUUCAAGUUUCAAUUUCCUUUUUCUUUUUUUAAACCAGUGGCCUAUAUUGUUAAGCUUCAAUUUGAAUGCAAAAAAAAAAAAAAAAAAAAAAAUGUAAAUGUCCAACACAGAA